AUGCUUGAGGAAAGAAUUCGCACUUUGGACCUAGACACCUCCCCCCUCGGGUGCUCGGCCAAGACGAAGGAAGGGUCUCGGUCAAGAGUUGGUGAUUCGGUCACCACCGACUGGUAUCCAGCAGCAGCAAGCAGCGGCAGCAGCAAGCAGCGGCACGACACAUCACGGGGGCAUGCGAACUACGACGACUUACAUGAUCGACGGGGGACGCGGACGCGUGCCGACGACACGUUGACGAGUCGAAUGAGACUUUUUGAAAGCAAAGGAGCCUGCUCCGUGACGGCUACCUCUGCCAUUUUCUGCCGCCACACACCUACGACAGACUGGUCUUCCUCUGGCGUGUCUGGGUACGGAUACCUUGGGUACUAG